CUCCCAAACCCUCAAAAUGGGUGACAAGUCUGUGAUUGUGAUCUCAGAUGAUGAGGGGGUAAAGCAACCAGUUGCGCCAAAUGAGGAGGAAGAGGACGAGGCAUUAGCGGAGGCACCGGAUUGGCUCCCUGAUGGAUGGAUCAUGGAAGUCUACCAUGGUAAAGAUGGCACUAUUAAUCGAUAUUACACUUCUCCUGUGUCGGAUUACACAUUCAACAUGCCGUCAGAGGUGCUAGAGUACCUUUUUUCUGGGACAGAUGAGCGUAUACUAGAAUCAAAGGGAUGUGCUGCAGAGAAAAUGCUACAGAAAGAACAAGAAUGGCUUCAAAAGGGGUGGGUGAUGGAGAUUAGAGCCGGUGGGGAAAAGAUGGACAAGAUGUACAAGUUUUACGUUUACUCGUACACUGGAGUACGACUGCAAUCAAAGGAAGAUGUAAUACUCUAUACCAAUAAGAAAAAGGUCUCCGAGUGUGAUACAAAUGGACAAUGUGACAUAACUUCUGAAGACAACAUACUUGCAAAGGUGGAGCUUCACCCAAGUGGAUUGCCAGAUGGAUGGAUAAAAGAACUAGUUUUCAGAAAGACAAAGGAUGGACUGAUAAGGAGAGAUCCGUAUUACACGGAUCCUGCUAGUUCCUACACAUUCCGUACGUUGAAAUCUGCAUUAUCCUACCUAGAAACUGGAAAAAUAUCCAAGCAUGCCUUUAUUCAAAAGAUUAGUGUUCAUGACCUGUACUCCUUUGACAAGUCUGCAGAUCUGCAUGAAAGUUUGCGCAGUAGACUGACAAUAAAUGGGAGGCUUGAUCAAAGGCUCGCACGAUCAUCUCGACCCAGAGAAGCAUCAGGUAGCUCUGCUUCUGAAGGCAAUCUGAAGCUAGAAACAGAAAACCCACCUGCCAAGAUGCAACAACACUGGACUCUGUUCAAAACUUUUGCGUUGGAAGACAUGUCUGUGUUCCUGAAGUUUAUUCUCUGA